ACAGUAAUAUCCGCAAAGUAAUAAGAAGAUCUACAUUGAUGGCGCCCAUGGUGGAAACUGAUGCGAAGAGCCUUGGUGCCUCUCUCCCUGUGCCUAGCGUCAAGCAGCUCGCAGAGGAGAACCUGGCCGUGCUUCCAAGCCGUUAUAUACGCGACGAUAUUGAACCUCCGGCAUUAGCCGAGCCUUUUUCCGGCGCCGAUGUCCCGGUGAUCGACAUGCAAAAAUUACUGUUUGAGGAUUCUGGAGAGUCGGAACUUUGCAAGUUACACUUUGCCUGCAAAGAUUGGGGUUUCUUUCAUCUGACAAAUCAUGGAAUGGACUCUUCACUGGUGGAGAAUGCCAAACGUGAGGUCCUAGACUUCUUCAAUCUGCCAUUGGAGGUAAAGAAGAACAAGUAUGGGCAGGUGGAAGGUGAAGUAGAGGGAUACGGCCAAGCCUUCGUUGUAUCCGAAGAACAGAAACUUGACUGGGCAGAUAUGUUUUACAUUCAAACCCUGCCACUCCAAAUGAGAUCAUCUCGCCUUUUUUCUAAUAUGUCAAAGAGCUUCAGGGAUACUAUGGAAGCCUACUCCCUUGAAGUGAACAAGCUUGCCAUGAAGAUUCUGAGCCUUUUGGCAAAAAAUUUGGGAAUACAAGCUGAAGAAAUGAGUUUGCUUUUUGAAGAUGGGAAGCAGUCUAUUAGGAUGAAUUAUUAUCCACCAUGUCCUCAUGCAGAACAUGUUAUGGGCCUUAGUCCUCACUCUGAUGCUGUUGGUCUAACCAUACUUCUGCAAGCAAAUGAAACACAAGGCCUUGAGAUUAAAAAAGAUGGAAAAUGGAUUCCCAUUGUGCCAAUUCCUAAUUCUUUCAUUGUCAAUGUUGGGGAUUGUGUGGAGAUCUUUACAAAUGGAAUUUAUCCCAGCAUUGAGCAUCGUGGAGUUGUAAAUCGAGAGAAAGAGAGGAUAUCUAUUGCAACAUUUCACAGCCCAAAGUUGGAUGGUGAGUUAGGUCCAGCAAAUAGUCUUAUCACUCCUCAAACCCCAGCAAAAUUCAAGAGAGUUAGCGUGGUAGAUUAUUAUCGAUUGUUUUAUGCGCGAAAACUUGACGGGAAAUCACAUGCUCAUGCCUUUAGAAUUGACAAUUAA